CACCCAGCUCGCCUAUAAAGCAGACCUCAACGGGCGCCACAAACAGAAUCAGAGACAGAGAGAGAGAGAGAGGGUGUGUGUGCUGGAGCUUGCUUGAUAAUUCUUCGGCUCCAAGGGCAGACCGGCUGAUCGGUAGAGGCAAAGAUUUCUCUCGGCCAGCACUACAAUCUUCACACUCCAAGCUAGAGAGCUCGCGCGCUAAUUAAGCUAGCAGCAUGUCGUACCCCUGCCUUCGCCGCGCCGCCGUGCCGGUAAAGCGGGUCUGGCUCGGCCUCCGCGGGCGCCUCGGCCUCCGUCGAUCCACCGGUCUUGGCGAGCUGCGCAGGGAGGUCCGAACGUGCGAGUACGACGACGUGCACGUCAUGUGGGAGCUGCUCAGCGGCAUGGACGGCAGCGCGCCGCGGAAGUACGUGCACGUAGCCGCCACCGCCGCCAUGGUUGAUGCCGCCGCCCGGAAGAAGCUGAGGGGGAGGAGGCGGACGAGGAGGGCCGAUGCCGAAUCCGCCGCGUGGAGCCGCCUCUUCUCUUCCUGCUGCGCCUUCUGAUCUCUCAAAAUAAAGAAAAUCCGAGCUGCCUGAUGGCCGGGUUUGGAAAGGAUGUUUUCGAGAUCGAUGAAUCCUCUCUCUUCGCUCUUGACCGCGUGCAGCUAUGAUAUAAAGCAGCAAUCGUGGCGAGACGGAGGAAGAAGUGAUGACCCACUGUCGAUUCGCGUGUACGUAUGUACGUAUUGCGAGCUGUAAAUACAGGCGGCUCUGCUUCCAUUUUGAUGUAGUAAACCGACCCAUGUAAAAGAGUUUACCAUCAUCACCACCCAGGGACAGUUUUGUUCGUGUGCUAGUACAGUAAGUAGUUUGGUUGUCCA